GUAGUUUUAAAUGGGGCAGCACACACAGACAUACAGUUUAUCAACAACAUUAUGUUCCCUGUUGUUUUAUUAAUUUAAUAGCGCACAGUCUGGAGUUACAGACCGAGUUGGUCUUCACUGAAAUAUUACAUCAGUAGCACUAGUGUUAGGCAAGUAUUUAACUGGGUCCAAACUUCUUUGGACACUUCUUUUUGCCUGUGUACAUCAGCUCAAUUAAUUUUUAACUCAAACCAUCAAAAUGUGACUAAAGUGCAGACUUUCAGCUUUAACUCAAGAGUUUUUUUUUCUUUUUGUUUUUGUUGUUUUUUUUAAUACAGAAUCCAUUUUCAGAGGCGCAAAAUUAAUUGGACAAAUGAACAUCAUUUUAAAUAUAAGUGUUGUUCUUAGUAAUUGAAAGAAAAUCCUUUGUAGUCAGAGACUGCCUGAGCUCUAGAACCCAGAGACCUCACUAAAUGCUGCGUUUCCUCUCUUAAGCGUUUUGACCUUUACUGCAGCCAGUUGCUGCUUCAUUGUGGUUCUCUCCACAACCAAUAACUGAAAAUCUGCUCUAUCAGGUUGACAUGAGGCCACUGACAUGGCUAUUGAAGUAUAUCUAAUUUCUUGGCCGUGAGAAACUCUUGAGUCGCUUUUGCAGUACGUUUUGAGUCAUUAUCCAUUUGGACUGUGAAGUGCUGUCUGCACAGUUUUGAAGCAUUUAGCUGACUCUGAGCAGAGAGUGUAACCCUGCACACUUCACAAUUUGUCCUGCUCCUUCUACCAGCAGUGACAUCAUCAGUAAACACCAGUGCCCAGCUUCCACUGGCAUUUCCUCCACCAGAUAAUGUCAUAUGCUUCGUGAGCUGUUCUUUCCUUCUCCAUACUUUUCUCUUCCCAUUGUUCUAAUACAAAUGAAUGUAAUCAGACCUUCUUGUUCUUGAGGGGUUUACAUGUUAUUGUAAAGCCUCUAUAUUUCUAUUCAUGAAACGGUCUCUUGCUUGUGGACCUGAACAAUGCUACUGCUUUAUCCACUUGAGUUGUUGUCUGUGUUUUUUCAGGCCAUUUGGUGUUGCCUGACCAGAUUCCUCCCUUUUUAAGAAUGAGCCAGAUUGUUAACUUAACCACUCCUAAAAAAGUUUGCUGUCUCUCUGAUGGCAUUACUUUGUUUUUCCAGCCUAAUGAAGGUUCCUUUACUUGCAUGAAACUACUGUUUGGACAUCUUAUCGAGAGUUCCAGUUAAAGCUGCCAAAUGCAUGUUCAACACUUGGAAAUAACUCCAGAUCUUUUAUCUACUUAAUUUGUUGUUAAAUAACAAGGGAACCUGCUUCACCUGGUGACUACUCUGGAAGUCUUUGUAUAAAAAUCAUUGUGGUUCCUAGGCAGUUAAUGAAAACUUCUGUUGAACCCCUUAAACUAAUGCUGGACAUCUGCACUUCAAUCACAUCUUGUUUUCUUGAUUUAAAAUCCACUGUGGUGGAGUAUAGAUGCAAAAUUAACAGAGGGGAGAAAACGGUCAAUGUCCAAAAACGUAUGAAACUUCUAGACCUAACUGUUUCUGCAGGUUCAGCCUGUGUGACUGGACAGGUCAUGCAGAGCUUCUACCAGCAGAGGGUGCAAUAAGAGACAAGCCUUCUGUGACAUAAUCUUAAAUCCUGGAGCACUGUGUUUUGGAAGUGAUGGCAAGCUGAUUCUACAUUAUUGUAAAUCUCAAGCCUGGGGUUAGCUGCUUUCUACAACUACAUUUUCCCUCCUAUCCCCAUCCUUAACUUCAAAACACGACAACAUAGUGUUGUCUUUCCCCUUUGCUGUUUGCUGUCUUACAGGUUUUUUUGUAAAUACACUGUAAAUAAAUUAUUGUGUAUAUCAUAAAAGUCUUGACACUGUUCUUGUUUUUUGUUCUGUUGCUAAUCUGGGGAAAUGUAUAUAAGGUAUUAUAAUGUUAAUAAAAAUAAUAAAAUAGAGCUGUAAUGCAGUGGAACUUAAACUGCUGCUUAAAGUUUAGGGAGGGUUAGUGAAGGCCACCGCUGAAAAGGGACAGACACGGGAAGAGAGGGGGCACUAUAGUAACAGAUGGACUAAGAGGGAUUACAUGAUUCAGGGUGGGUUUGUGUCAUAAAUUACCAAGAAAGACAGUAAAGGGAGUAGAGUGGCUUGGAGACAGACAUGCAGUCACUCCAUUGGUUCGCAUCUCCAUCGGAGGAGGAUUACACGGGGCUUGCAGCCGGAGAGGAAUCAAUCGCUCCUCAUACUGAAGAAGUCUGGGCAACAAAGAGUAAUAUCCUGGAAUCCCUCGGUUCUCUCCCACUGUGCCCAAAUCAUCCACCUAAAUCUCCUCUUGUUCAUUUUUUUGUUCCUUCUGUCCCUCUUUCCCACGUGUAUCAAAAUCAGAGCAUCUUGUCGUGCUCCCUGCUCUCUCUCUUUCUUUAUCUUCCUUUCUAUUAAUCCCACUGACUUUACAAUAUCGUUCCCCAUCUGUUUUCUUAUCUUCUUUCUUUACUGUUACAUCACGUUUUUAUUUGUUUUCUUUUUAAACCUGGCCGCCCAUAACCUCUUAAAACCCCCACAAAGCAUCUGUCCCACCCUCUCAGCUCCAUCUGUGGCUGUUUUCAUACCUUCUGUCCUGCUAUUCGCGUGUGCCUUGUCCCGUUCUGUCCCCUGUUUGUCUUACUUUGACCUUCCUCUCUCUAUAUCUGACCCCACCCGUACCUCCAUCUUCUCCCGCGUGGCCAUGCUGGAACGCAUGUCCCGUCGCUCUCGCUCCCUGCUCUCCCUCACCUUGACCUCUUUGGCUCUGGCCCUCUCUAUCCUGGCUCUCUGCACCUCCUACUGGUGUGAGGGCACUCACAAGGUGGUCAAGCCCCUCUGCCUGUCGCCUGUCAAAAUGAAGAACUGUGGUCAAAACAACAGUGAGCCUUACACCACAGAGAGUCCCACUCAGAACCCAUACAACCGCACGCUAUCUCCAGCCAGGAGAGAGGAGCUGGCUAAGAUCAGACAAAGGCAGCUGGCCAACGCUGUCCACUACAUAUGGGAGACGGGCGAAGACAAGUUUGCUUUUAGAUACUUCCACACGGGCUUCUGGGAAAGCUGUGAAAAACACAGUGAUGGGGAGAAGUGUCGCAGCUUUAUAGACUUAACUCCAGGAGAAACUCAAGGUGUGCUCUGGCUGUCAGUUGUUUCUGAGUUUACAUACAUCGGUCUGCUGGGAAUGGGGUUCUUACUCAUGUGGCUGGAAGUCUUGUGUUCCCAUAAAGAGAUGCACUCACUAAAAAUCAAUGCCUAUGCAGCUAUCUGCACUGUGUUAUCAGGUCUUCUUGGGAUGGUGGCACAUAUGAUGUUCACCACAGUGUUUCAGAUGACAGUAAUUGUGGGCCCCAAGGACUGGAGGCCUCAAUCCUGGGACUACGGCUGGUCAUUUGCUCUCGCCUGGGUGUCCUUCAGCUGCUGCAUGGGAGCUGCUGUCGUCACGCUCAACUCAUACACAAAGACCAUCAUCGAGCUUCGCCGCAGACAGAGACUACGUUUAGAGGAAGCCAGAGCCACCACUCACGCUCCAUCCUAUGACGAGGUGGUCCCAGGGGGAGGGCUCUACUCUGUCAGUGGCCUAUUGCAAUGUCCAGAUGGGAUGAUUGAUGUGGCGUGGGCUCCAAAUGGCAGCGUAGUCGGAGUGGGAAAUGGGGAUGUACCAACUUUGGUUUUAGUAGGAGGCUGUGGCCCUGAGGGGUGUGAGGACUGUGAGAGAGAGAUGGAUGAGAUGGGGGAAGCCAUGGACCGAGUUGAUUCACCUUGUUAGGGAAUCAGUAACACGUAUCAACUGAAAGGGCUGAAAAUCUGAAAAGGAAAGACACUUUAACUAAGGUGGAGAAGGUCAAUGUAAGCAGACACAUCCUUUCUUUCUCGUCGUCCACUUUGACUCUCUGUGAACAUGGGAUGUACUGAUUGGGCUCAAGGUCCAAAGAAAUCCACACAUAUCAAAACGCUAAGCCUACAACGUAUGUAUCUGUGUAUGUAUCUCGUUCACAUGCAAGCCUGCAUUUUUCUGGGUAUUUCUCAGUGCCUCAUAGUAGGAAAGAAAUGUAUGACUUUGUUUGCAAAUGCAAAGAAAUGCUUCCUCUAUUCUAUUGUUUAUAUAUUAACUUGAAAAGCAUCAUCUUAGCGAUCAGUUCGUUUCAGAGGACGAUGCGUGUAUUCCUGAAAGAACAGCACGUUCUAUAGAGAAACAUGCUGCUCAUAAACAUGUUUCCUUUUUUAAACUUCUUUGGUCAGAAACUUUUGAGAGACAAAAUUUUUUAAUGCAAUUCAUGUAUAACAGAAGCUACCACAAGCACAGCCUCUCUGGAGAUGCACAGACAAACCCAUAGAGAUGGAAAGAUUACAGAGAUUUUGAAAAGUCUGCUCUCUGAUGUUGAACAGAAGAUUAUGUGUAAACCAGUAAUCCCGAGUUGGAUGGAAGGGAGGAGGAAUAGAGGGAGGAGAGUGAAGCAAGAGGGGAGCAGCAUGUGGGGGGGUCAGGAUGAAAGUUGGAAAGAAUUGCCUGCACACACUAAUAUCUGCAACACCGAGACACCAGUUUCAGGAAAACAACGCUCUAAAAAACUGCAUUUAGUUCCUGUCAUAUACUAUGUUUGAGAUAAAAUUGUAUAAGUACUGAGUUGUUUUUUUUUUGUUUUUUGUUUUUUUACAAAAGUCAAAAACAAGUAGUUAAAUUUACCUUUAAUUUUUGUAGGUUAUACAUUUGAGGUAAUCCUGGAUUUACUGUCAGGGAUUAAUACAACUGAAAACGUAAAACCUAAAGUGAAAAUUUUAUCAACUACCAGCAUUUUAAUAUGCAGUAUGUUUCUAGGUCAAAGGAGAUUUAAUUGUUUUCCAGGAGAGAUAAGAUAAAUAGAUUUCCAAAGCCCAGAUGAAUGAUAAAAUCU